AUUUGAUAUAUAUUAGUCUGAAGUAGCCACGCGUCAAGUUGCUUGUAAAGCUUUGAUUCGGUUUGGUUAAUCCUCUGAAGAAAAGUUUGAGCUAGUUUUUUUCGAAUGGUGGCAACAUGAGCUCCUCUGAAUCUAGGGAUGAAAACUUACAAUACACAUACCACACUAAUUCAGAAACUUCAAUACCUAAAGCCUCAGGAGGAAGCAAUACUCGGGAUUCUUCUUUUGAUGCUCCAGGUGUUGCAGAUGUUACUUUGGGCAAAGAGUUAGUUAGAAGACCUAUUCUAUAUAAAAGAUCUGAAGCAAAUAUUCCUAACAUAUGUGUUGACUCAUCGUCACAGAAUUUUAAGCAUCAUUUGAAAAAAUUACAUAUUGCUGUUAAUAAGAUUCUGGAAAAUGACCGCCUUACUAAAUAUAGAAAUCAGUCGAAAAAGAAUUUCAGAGGAAAUCAGGAAGCUUGUGAGAAAAUGUUGGAUGCCGUUAGAGAGCUUGGGUCCUUUAUUGUUCAGCGUCAAAACACCUCUCCAAUUGGUCAUCACAUUAGACCUACUAAGGAUAUACAGUCCCGCUUUCCUACGAGAGUGCGAUCGAAAAGUACUACCCAUGAUGACUCAAUUAGCCAUAAACGUAAUUUAACAAUGAGGAUGGGGCAUAGUCUCAAAUCAGUCAGACGUCCUACAUCACUAACUAAAAGGUCAAAAUCUCCAAUCAAGCGUUCAGUUUCUCCUUAUCCGGUAAUUGAUACUGAAAACUCUUGCUGUUCUAAGCAUUCGGGACAUUUUAAGGGUGUAAACAUAUUUUCUCAGCGUGAAACAAAAUAUAGAUUUCCAGUCAAAAAUGAUACCUUUAUAGCUUCAAAACAGGAAACUGAAAAUGUCCAGGCUUCAGAAGAUUUUACAAAUCCAGAGAUUGCUUGUUUAGAAGCUGAAUUAUCACAUCGUGAUACAUUGAUCAAAUAUUUAUCAGACCAAUUAUUUAAAUUAUAUCAAGAUAAUGAUAGAAUAUUUGCUGAAUAUGAAUUACAAGAAGCUAAUUUAACUAAAUAUUUACAUUCAUUAAGAUCACGUUUAACUGAAACAAAUACUAAUUUAAAUCAACAACAUACUACUCAUAAUACUACUAAUAAUACUAAUUCUAUUCAUACUGAUUACAUAACACAUAUUACUCAAUCCAUGUCUCAAGAUAUUCAUAUCAAUAUCACAGAUUCUAUUUUACAUCAUUUUGCUAAAGAAAUCAAUAAUAAAAUCAUAAAUCCCGGUAUAAAUAAUAAUAAUAAUAAUAAUAAUAAUAAUAAUAAUAAUAAUGAUAAUGAUGUCAUAGUUACUGUGAAUCCAGUUCAAAGAAUAGAACAAUCAUUCAUAUCUGAAUUAAAAGAUCUUCAUUUAGCUACACAGAAUUUAUUAAAUUAUUGGGAAAUAAAAAAUCAUCAAAUGAAUUAUCCCAUUGUAUGUCAACAAUUUUUUAAUGCAUUACUUAAUUUUUAUAUUAUUUCAAUGAAUUCUUAUCAAUUAAAUAAUCAAUUUAUUGAUCCAAAUAUCAAAGAUUUACAAAUGAAAGCAGAUCAUGCUGAACAACAAAUUAUUGAUUUAUCAAAUGAAAUCAAACAAUAUCAAUAUCAAUUAAAUCAAUUAAAUGAAAAAUUACAAAAAAAUCAAUUAGAAGAAACAAAUCAUCAUUUAUUGAUUAGUGAUUAUUUUUUAUCAUCAACAAAUUCUUCAUCUAAUAAUAAUAAUAAUAAUAAUAAUAAUAAUAGUAAUAAUAAUAAUAAUAAUAAUAUAAUUACUUAUUUAUCUGAUACAGAUCAAACUCAAUGUAUAUUAUCAUCACCAUCAUCAUCAUCAUCAUCAUUAUUAUUAGAUCCAGGAUCAAGUUCUCAAACUUAUGAAUCUAUACCAAAAAUAAAAUCAAUAGAAGAUCAAAUUAUAUUCCCAAUAAAAUCGACAAUAAUGCCAAUCGAUAUUUCAACAACCACCACCACCACAACAACAACAACAAUACCGGUUUAUAAUUCGAUUAAUAAUUUACUUCAACGUUUAUGGGGAAUAUUAUCGAAAGAAUCAAAGUUAACUAGUACAGAUUUACAUAAAUCUAAAUUAUGGAUUAGUAAUAAAGAGGAUUAUGAUACAUUAUAUGAAGCAUAUAAUAUUAUUGAACAAUUUCAAUGGUAUAUACAAAAUAAUAAACUUUCAUCAUUUAAAUCAUCUAGUUUAGUUGAGUCACAAUCUUCACUGUCAACAACAACAACAACCACAGCAACAUAUUUUGAACCAGAAUUAGUUGCUAAUGAAAUCAAUAGAACAACCACAACUGAUAAGUCUAUACCUGUUGAAGUUUCAUCAAUAACUAACCUUACAGAUCAGUCGACUAUUACUGCUUUAACUUCUAAUCAACAUAAAAUAAAAGAUAUUGAAGAGGUAAAUUUGGAAUCAUUCAAAAUGGAAGAGUUAUCUUCUUGUACAAAGUAUGCAACAAAAUCAAUUUACUUAACAGAUAUGUGUACAUCUACAAGUGAUCUGUUAACAUUGUUUAUUAAUCAAGAUCAAAAUCAUCAGUUGAAUAUGCAACAGGUUAAGCAAAUGAAUGAUCAGAUAAUAUCAACAGAUGAUCUUAUUCAAACAUCAUCAUUGGAUAAAGAAGCUUUACGUGAGUUACAAAGGAAGUUUAAUUACUUAAAAGAUUCUUAUAAUCAUUUAGUUAGUCAAUAUCAAACUUUUAAUCAAACCUUAUGUAAACAAUUAAGAAAUGUUAAUUCCACAUUUGAUGAAUAUAAAUCCAAUAUAUCUGGUUACAUUUCUCAUAAGUAUAAAAAUAUCUGUGAUUCAUCUAUACAAACUGAUUCUUUUAAUCAUUUGCCUAGACUAUUGACUGAUCCAUCAUAUAGACAAAUACCGUUAGAUUAUAGAAAUUUAUAUGAAAUUGAAUACUGUCAUAGUUCAUGGCCAACAAAUCAAGUGAUAUCAAAUGAAACCAUAAUUUCUAAUCAAUCUAUGUUAAAUACUGAAUUAACAACAGAUAACUGUUCAUUUGAAUUAUCUCAAUUAAAACAAGAUUAUGAAAUGAUACAAUCAAAGUUACAGAAAUCUGAAAGAGAAGUAGAAAUAUUGCAUAGUAAUUUAUUAGAUAUUGAAAAUCAUAUUAAAUUGGCUAUAUCUAAUAAUCAUUUUACUAGUUUACAAUGUAUUCUAGAUAAUGGAGGACUAGCCGAUGUACAGUCAUUGACUAAAGCAUUUUUAAGUCAAGUCAGUACAAUUAUAUCAAAUUUAAAUCAAUAUAUACCUGAUCAAGAUAAUCAAAUUGAAUAUGAAUCACCUGAUCACUACCUUACUGAUGAUAAGAGUUUUCCGAUUCAUAAUGAAAAACGUUUACUAGUAAAUACAGAGGAAUAUAAUCAGAAAUACCCAAUUUAUUCAGCUGAACAAUCUCUUAUUCGCCUAACUGAAUUACAGGAAAUUCUACAACAACAAAUCAUUAGAAAACAAGAUACUUUUGUUGAACAAAUUGAACAGGAUAAUUAUUCAUUCAAUCAAGAAAUUGAUAGAUUAUUAGAUGACAAACCUGAAAUCACAGAUUUGAACUUGACAGAAAAGCUACAGUCUGCGUUACAUGUUAUAUACGAAGAGUUAACUUUGUGUCAGCAUUUAGUAGAUAAACUUUUGAGUGAAAAAACAAAACACUGCAAACUUAUAGCUAUGCAAGCAUCACAAAUAGAAGAUUUGAACAAGGAAUUAAGAGAUUAUGACUAUAAAUUAAAAGCUAUCUCAACAGGACAUAACAUUGUCCCAUAUAAUAACGACGAGACUUAUGAAAAUAAUUGCUACGACAGAAAUGAUGAAAAGGUAAAAAGUGAAUGUUAUAUAUAUCAUCAUAAUCAAUAUCCUAAUUCACUUAUUGAUUCAUCUACAAAUCCAAAGAAAAACAUAAUAAAUGAACUAAAAUUAACUAAUCAGACAGAGAUUGAACAAACAACUAUAAUGUCCAAAGAAGAGAAAGAAUAUCGACAAAUAGCCAAAAUUGAAGAAACAAAAUCCACAUUAGCUAAAGACACACAAACAACUUCAGAAUUUACCGUGAAGGUGACAAGAGAGAAGCUAGUGAGUUCAAGUUUGUGUGAAGAUGAGUCGAAUGUGGUUGGUCAACUGCGCGAAGAGUUGACGUCUUGUUAUGAACAGAUAGUGAAGCUGUCUAGAUCGGUGGAGGAGAGUGAUGCUUCGUUGAUGGAUGUCCGGCGUUUGUUGACUGUGAAGGAGAGUGAAGUGGCGGAUCUGAGAGAGGAGAAGCGUCAUUUACGAGACGAAUUGAAUGAGUUGAGGGAGACUGUAGAGGCAGAACGACGUGAUUUGGACAUAAUGCGUGCAAAUAUGGAUGUGUUGGAGAGCAAGGAAGAGGUGUCGGCGAUGUGCGUGGAGUGUCGUGGACCGAACGUUGCUGCUGCUGCUGCUGCUGCUGUGGAGGAGGAGUGUGUGCAGACGGAGAUUGACGACGAAGUUUUUGACCUGGUGUCGACGUUGCAGCUCGAGGUUGCCCAUCUGCGUGAGGAAAAUGCGGCGACGUUGGCGGCUCUGGAGCGUUCACAGCUCGAGUUGAGCAUGAAACAGACCGAAGUGCAGGGACCGGAGUCACGUAUGAUGGUGAACGAGACAACUUGUUGGAUUCCUUGUGAGACUGUGAGAAAGGCGCCCGAUGUGGUUGUCCGUGAGUUGGCAGAGGUUGAUGACACAGACAGAGUGGAGGCAGACGUGUUUGCCGGAGUUCCUGACAUGCAGCUGGUGGAGACUGUUGCAAGCGACUCAGUGUCAGGCAUUGUGCCUGAUCGAAUGGACAGGCAAACUACGGACUUGUGUGUUGAGGGCGUUUCGAACGAGGAAGUGGUCUUGCCCAUUCACGCCACUCAGAGUUGGACGAAACCGCCGAGUGAACAAGACAAUGACGAUCCCGAACUUGCCCUGUUGAAUACAGACAGCCUAAGAGCGCGAUUGAAGGAGGCCAUGAGCAGAAUCUGCGAACUUGAGAAUGCCAAGACAGAGUUGAGUGUGCGUCUGCGUGAGCUGGAAGGCGUUAUGAUGUGUGAAGAUAAGCCGAUGGAUGUGAUGCCUCUUAGUUCUCGUGUGCCUGACCGGUCGAUGAAAGUGACGGAGGAAGCUGAUGCACUGUGGAAGCACAACAAAGAGCUGAUGACAGAGGUAGACUUGUUACGAAGUAAGAUUUCAGAGCGCGUGACACUGUUGGACGAUGUGUGCAUGGAGAUGGAUGAGGUCAGAGGAUCACUGGGUUUCUUGUUGAAGCAGGUGAGAGAAUUGCGUGCAGCACAUGCUGAGGCGAAUGCUGACCGCGCCGAAAUGGCGAACAGAAUGAGUGAGUACGAACGGGUUUCACAUCGCCUGUGCGAAACAGUUGGUCGAUCCACGUCACCAGUGCAAGACAUCGACUAUGCACACGAAGGCUCGUCGACUGACCGUUGCACAUCAGACGGGUUGCGAGAGGAUUUGCAGCGUGCACUGGAUACACAAUCGUUCGAGCUGGAGGCAGUCACUGAGAAACUGAAAGAAUGUGAGUCAAUGAACAAUGCCCUGAUCUGUGAGUAUGAUUUCCCGAAGAAACGUUUGAGCUUAAAUCUGGCUCCACCUGUUAGACAUUUGAAUUCUCGUUUAGAAGUCAAUGGUAUGUUGGUUGAAACGUCUGGUAAUCUUUCUAAUUUUGGAGAAAGUGAUCGUAAUUAUUCAAAUGGUGAGCUGCUCUCUGAAAUCCAAGCGACUUGCGAAAGUGAUCUUCUUAAUUCAGACCAAUUUCUUGUAGCCAGUGACAGUGAGGUAGGCAAUAAACUCAGUGAUAUCGUCGUUCAUGGAAAUAAGUCAUACAUAUCGUCGAUAGUUUUAGAUGCUUCGUGUUUCAAGGUGUUAAGUCCAUCCGAUGUCGACCCGAUGAUGGUUGAUUCUAAUGCAAAUGAAUCUAAGUUUACAUUUGCCACAAAUUCAUCUUCAAAAAGGGAUAAGUCACUUCAACAAAACAGGAAUGAUGCCAGUGAAUCACAUGCUUGUCACUGUGAUGAAGUUACCAUCGUUUCGCAUGAUGACUUCUCACAAGAUAAAAUUUCGCACGUUUGGAGAAUGCCUCCGGAUAUUAAAGACGAAAAAAUGUUCAUCAGUUCUUUGAUACUACCACCACCUAGACAACCCUGCAGUAUGACAUACGCUAAAUCAGCAUCAGAUAUUCCCGUAAUGUCGCGCAGUUUAUCAAGUAAAGAACUAGAAACCGUUGAACCAUAUAGUAUAAAAUCAGAAAGGCUUGUGAAAGACUGCGUAAACAACACAGACAAGCAUAUGGGAUGGUCUUCAAACACAAAAGCAUAUAAUGUUACAGGGUACUCAGAAGAAACAACUAUAAAAAUUAACGAAGAAACGAGAAAUCAUCUGGAAAAAUUCGAGGGAGAAAACCUGAAAAUCAAGAAAGAAGAUGAAAUCAUAAUUAUAAGAAAUCAAAACGAUAUUAUUAUAGAGUGCGAUCAAAAAUUAGAAAACGAAUUUUCACAACAGCAAUAUCAACAGACCGAUGCGUCAAAACGGGAUAAGGCCAAUGAAAAAAUUAUAAAAAAAUCAACAAAUAGUACAAAUCCAGAAUUAAGAAUAAUUUCAAGAGAGAAAAACACACACACUGAUGACGCCACAGAACCGCAUAGUUCCUUGUUGAAGCAGGUGAGAGAAUUGCGUGCAGCACAUGCUGAGGCGAAUGCUGACCGCGCCGAAAUGGCGAACAGAAUGAGUGAGUACGAACGGGUUUCACAUCGCCUGUGCGAAACAGUUGGUCGAUCCACGUCACCAGUGCAAGACAUCGACUAUGCACACGAAGGCUCGUCGACUGACCGUUGCACAUCAGAUGGGUUGCGAGAGGAUUUGCAGCGUGCACUGGAUACACAAUCGUCCGAGCUGGAGGCAGUCACUGAGAAACUGAAAGAAUAUAGUGAAGCUGUCUAG